GUAUAGAUACGUCCUUAUGAAAAACAUUACUAUAGAUAUUGUAGAGUAUAGAUACGUCCUAAUGAAAAGGUCUUCUAGAUAUGUCACAAACAAAAGGGGAGGAAGUAAGUUCCGGUUAGAUAGCAAGAAACGUUUCAAACGCGAUCAGUUAAAAAGGGUGACGAAAUCACGGCAUCGAACGGAAUUAAAUAAACUGCUGGUUACGAAGUAAAUGAUCGAGUAAUCUACUUUUGGUCCGAAAGUGUCGCGAAGUUGGACUCUACAAUUUGGCGCAGCCGGUACGAUUUUAUGAUGGACACUCAUUUCCAAUUGGAUUUUUUUAAUGAUACGGUUGAUUCCUCUAAUUUACGAUGCGAGUGGGAGGAAUGGCAUCGAGCCUGCGAAAUCGUCGUAGAAUUGAAAAACAUAGAAUCCCAGCAUCAAAAACUGCUUUUUAUGUUGGCCCGAGGUGGCAGAGGUCUUCAGAGAAUCUAUCACAAUCUCGCCCCUGUGGUUGGUGAAAUUUAUCCAGGACCCGUGAAAAUUCCGUUUGCUCCUGAAGAAGUUCCGGAAUAUGAUAAUGCUGUCAAACGUCUCAAUUCAUUUUUUGUGGGAAAACGUAAUGAACGAGUGGAAUUAGAAAUAUUUCGUUCAAUUCGGCAGGCUGCUGGAGAGUCGUUCAAUCGGUUUGUUUUGAGAUUACGUACGCAGGCCGCCUGCUGUGACUUUCUUGAUCGCGUGGAAAAGGAAUUACUCCAGCAAAUAACUGUUGGCGCCAUCGACGAGAGAGUGCGAGACAAAGGCCUCGAGGGUACCAUGAGUUUAGAUGAGAUAAUUAAUUAUGCGAUCAAUCGCGAAAUAUUACUGAAUCAAAAACAGAAAGCACAACCCUUUAGAUCGGAGUCUGAUGUAGUAUCACUAGUAAAGCAAGAUUGGAUGAAGAAGACAAUGCCAAAAGACGGACAUUCUUAUCAGCGUUUUAAUCGUGUGCGAAAGCAGGAAUACGGCAAUAGACCUUCCACUGAAUGUAGCCGGUGUGGAUCAUGGAGACACCAGCAAGAAUCGAAGGAUUGCAUUGCACGAAAUGCAACUUGCAACAAGUGUGGGGCUGUAGGCCACUUUGCAAGAAAAUGUUCAGAUAAACGAUAUGCGUCAAUGAAAAAUCGUUUUACAUGGAAGAAGACAGAAGCAGUUAAUACACUGCGAAAUGAAGUUGAUUUUAAUCGUGAAGCUAGAUGUUCUGGUCGUCAUGAAGAGAUUACACCGAUGAAGGUUAAUCCUAACGAUGGAACCAUCGUGGGCUUUAUAGAUAAACUUCCUGUAAAAUUCUUGAUUGACUCUGGAGCGACUAUCAACACGGUUACGAAUCUGGUAUGGGAAAAGUUAAUUGCAAGCAAUGCUAGGAUUUUUAAAAAGAAAUUUAAAUGCGACCGUCAGUUCAUAGCGUAUGCUUCCGAGGAACCGUUACGAGUAAUAGCCAUCUUUGAAGCUUGGAUUACUAUUAAUGAAACAAAACCAAAAAAUUAUGCAGAAUUGUUUGUGAUACAAGGUGCGCAAAAAUGUUUGCUUAGCAAAAGAACAGCGGAAGACUUGAAGAUACUGAAAGUAGGACUAGAAGUUCAAACCAUUACACAGAAGAAAGUUGAAUUUCCAAAGUUUCCAAAUGUCCAAGUAAAAUUGUCAAUUGAUUACACUGUCCCCCCAAGAAAGCUAGCUUACCUCCGAAUUCCUGUGGCAUUGGAGAAUAAGGUCAGUCAAAAGCUUCAGGAAAUGUUGGAUGCAGAUAUCAUUGAACCAGUUUUUGGACCCUCUGAUUGGAUUUCUCCUAUGGUGGUAGUCCCAAAGGGAGCUCAUGAUAUCCGUCUGUGCAUUGAUAUGCGGUAUCCCAAUCGAGCGAUACAACGGGAACACUACCCACUUCCACUGGUUGAUACUUUAUUAUGCAAGCUCAAGGGAGCGGUCAUAUUUUCAAAACUAGAUAUUACAUCCGCUUACUACCACGUAGAAUUACAUCCCGACUCACGAGAAAUAACAACUUUUAUAACAGCAAACGGUCUGAUGCGUUUCAAAAGACUAAUGUUUGGUGUUAAUUGUGCACCGGAGAUAUUCCAAAGAAUCAUGUGCGAGAUGCUAGCUGGUAUUGAUGGUGUAAUGGUUUACAUCGAUGACGUUAUUGUAUGGGGUGCAAAUUUGAUCGAACAUAACGAAAGGUUACAAAAAGUUUUGAAGGUCCUUGAUGAAAACCACGCAUUGUUGAAUAAAACUAAAUGCCUGUUCGAAGUACAUGAGCUUGAAAUACUUGGAUUCAAAAUCAGUGGGAAGGGGAUCAGCCCUACAGACGAUAAAAUCUCAGCGAUCCAGAAUUUCAGAAUACCGGAAACGAAGGAAGAAGUUCGAAGCUUUUUAGGGUUGGUCAAUUUCGUGGGUCAUUUCAUUCCACAUCUUUCCACGAGAAUUGAAGUAUUACGACGUUUUAUUAGAGGUGAAGUACAGUCGUUUGGCCUUGACCAGCAGCAAGCUUUUGAUGAUUUGCGUAAUGAACUUUGUAACACAGUUCGUCGUUUAGGUUUUUUUGACCCUAAAGAUCAAACCGAGUUGUACGUAGACGCAUCUGCAGUCGGUCUUGGUGCCGUCUUGAUACAAAGAGACAGUUCUAAUAAUCCAAGGAUUAUCAGCUUCGCAUCAAAGGGUCUAACAAAAACUGAAAGAGUGUACCCACAAACUCAACGCGAAGCGUUGGCUGUUGUGUGGGCUGUGGAGAAAUUCUACUUAUACCUAUUCGGUAUACAUUUUACGUUGUUCACUGAUCAUAAGACGUUGGAAUAUAUAUUCGGGGGUAAACAUCAGGAAGGGAAACGUGCAUGUUCUCGUGCGGAGGCCUGGGCGUUAAGGCUUCAACCUUACGACUUUACAGUAGAAUACGUUCGUGGUAUCGAAAAUAUUUCUGAUAUUUUUUCAAGGCUGUGUUCGCAGUCAGAUGCACCGUUUGAUGAGUUUUCAGAACAUUUUGUUUGUGGUAUCGGUGAGGGCCCUUCUGCCAUCACAUUGAGUGAUAUCAAGAAUGAAACCAAACUGGAUGAUACAUUAAAAGAAGUCGUUAAGUCUAUUGAAACGCACAUCUGGCCGUCAGACUUAUUUAAUUAUCAGGCAUUUUCAAAGGAGCUAGGAGUCAUAGAUGGUGUUGUUGUGAGAAACGACAGAAUUAUUCUACCGUCAAAACUUCGACAAAGGGCGUUAAAUAUCGCACAUCGAGGACACCCUGGUGUGGUCUCUAUGAAACGAAAUCUCAGAGAGAGAGUCUGGUGGCCGUAUAUGGACCGUGAUGUGGAAAAUCGAGUGCAAGAGUGUGCUGGCUGUGCUUCAGUGAGCCUUCAAGGACCUCCAGAGCCAAUGAUACGAAAAGAAAUGCCUGAACGGGCAUGGCAGGACUUGGCACUAGAUUUCUUCUCUGCCAAGGAAUGUGCGACAUUUUUGGUCGUGGUUGAUUAUUACAGCCGAUUUCUGAUAGUUACUGAAAUGAAACUAACGAACGCAUCUAAAACCGUUGAAGCCUUAGAACAUAUUUUCAGAGAGCACACAUAUCCUGAAACAAUUCGAACAGACAACGGACCGCCAUUUGCCAGCGAAGAAUUUUCAAACUAUUGUGUCCACAAAAAUAUCCGGCUCAUCCGCACUAUCCCAUACUGGCCCCAAAUGAACGGGCUAGUUGAACGGCAAAACCAAGGAAUUUUGCGGGCACUGCGAAUCGCUAGAUCGAUGAAAGAGGAUUGGAGAAAAGCCGUUAAUGAAUACGUAUAUUCCUACAAUACCACACCGCAUUCCGUUACUGGUAAGUCACCAAUGGAACUGUUAACAGGAAGACCAGUCAAGGAUUUGUUACCAUCUUUAAGGACCGAGCCAUAUUGGAAACGAGACGAAGAAACCCGAGAUAAAGAUUCUAUAAAAAAGAUGCAAGGCAAAUUGUAUGCGGACAAGCGACGUCACGCAAGAGAAUCUGAGAUAGCUGUUGGAGAUACCGUUAUGAUCAAAUGCUAUGAGACAGGGAAACUAGAACCAAGUUUUCAUUCAGAAAAGUAUACAGUGAUCCAAAAGAAUGGUAAUGAUGUAGUUGUCCUGAACGAAGAUGGGGUUAAAUAUCGACGACCUGUUGCCCAUUUGAAAAAAUGGAAUACUACACGUGACCAAAAUGACCUUCUUCAAUCACCUUCUAAAACGUAUGAUGAAUUACGUCUGACGGAGACGAGACAGAUGAAUGAAAAUCCGAACAUGGAGAAAUCAACAGUCAAAAGACCCAAGAGAUCUAUUAAAAUGCCAGCACGGUAUUAUGAAUAAAAAUACAAGGUUAUAGUUUCAUUAUAAAUUUUAUUUCAUUCUGUAAGUUUGCGUAAAUCACGUUUAUCCUUGAAGCAGGAGAGAGAUGUAGAGUAUAGAUACGUCCUUAUGAAAAACAUUACUAUAGAUAUUGUAGAGUAUAGAUACGUCCUAAUGAAAAGGUCUUCUAGAUAUGUCACAAACAAAAGGGGAGGAAGUAAGUUCCGGUUAGAUAGCAAGAAACGUUUCAAACGCGAUCAGUUAAAAAGGGUGACGAAAUCACGGCAUCGAACGGAAUUAAAUAAACUGCUGGUUACGAAGUAAAUGAUCGAGUAAUCUACUUUUGGUCCGAAAGUGUCGCGAAGUUGGACUCUACACAUUGAUGUUCUUUCAGACAAGCUCCACCAACAUGGACUUCCAGCGGUUAUAAAUAAUUAUUUGCACAACCUUUUGUCAGAGAAGUGCAUGUAUUUUUCACAUGGCGAUUUGGCAACAUUCAGAAUUAGCUACAUGGGUCUCCCGCAAGGCUCAUGCCUCAGUCCGCUUCUCUAUAAUUUUUACGUGAAUGACAUUGACAGCUGUCUAGUAUCCCCAUGUACACUAAGACAAUUGGCAGAUGAUGGCGUGGUUUCAGUCACUGGGCCCAAAGCUAUUGAUCUGCAUAAACCAUUGCAAGAUACCUUAGAUAACUUGUCCGUUUGGGCUGUUCAUCUUGGUAUCGAAUUCUCUGCGGAGAAAACAGAGUUAGUCGUCUUUUCAAGAAAGCAUGAUCCCGCGCAGCUUCAGCUCCAUAUGAUGGGAAGAAUGAUCCAACAGGUUUUAACUUUUAAAUACCUCGGGGUGUGGUUCGAUUCCAAAUGCACGUGGGGAGGACACAUUAGGUAUCUGAUAACGAAAUGCCAACAAAGAGUAAAUUUUCUUCGAACAAUAACAGGAUCUUGGUGGGGUUCUCAUCCGCAAGAUCUAAUAAAAUUGUAUCAAACAACGAUACUUUCAGUGAUGGAAUAUGGAUGCGUUUGUUUUCGU